GUGCGCGCACCCUCUCCGGAAUCUGUCUUCCCGCAGAGCGGACGGCUCCCCGCUCGGUCCUACUCCGCCGCUAACAAACGCGUAAAAAAAGCCACGCUUCUGCGCGGCUGUCGGUACCACCGCUGCGGAGGGAGGAGGCCCGUACGCUACACCGGAGUCCGAGCUCCAGUCUUGGACGCAGCGCUGCGGUUUCUCGGGUUUGGCCAUGGCGCAGCGGAGGAGGCGUAGAUGAAGGACGCGUUGCGCAUCGGCUAAAAAAGCUGGAGGAACUUUUCCACUGUUAUAAUUCCUCUGAAAACAGAUGUGAGACUCCUUUUUAAAAAACGGGAAAAAUCCUAGUUGGAGCGGGGAAGCAGAAAAAACCAACAAGGCCCCCACUGGAGGUCCCUGAGCCUCCCUUUGGGCACCGCCGGACCGAGGGGGGCGGUGUAAACAGUGCCAGGAGAGGCGGGAGGAGCAGCAACAAGGAGCCAUGGUGGACGCGGCGGAGUGCGGGGUGAGAGUGAUGUGCCGCUUCCGGCCCCUGAACGAGGCCGAAAUCACCCGAGGAGACAAAUACAUCCCCAAAUUCAAGGAGGACGACACCGUGGUGAUAACGGGCAAACCGUACGUGUUCGACCGCGUGCUGCCUCCCAACACGGCACAGGAGCAAGUGUACGACCAGUGUGCCAAACAGAUAGUUAAAGAUGUGCUCGGCGGUUACAACGGGACCAUCUUCGCCUACGGACAGACGUCCUCUGGGAAGACGCACACCAUGGAGGGCAAACUGCACGACCCCCAGCUGAUGGGAAUCAUCCCUCGCAUCGCCCACGACAUCUUUGACCACAUCUACUCCAUGGAUGAGAACCUCGAGUUUCACAUCAAGGUCUCUUAUUUUGAAAUCUACUUGGACAAGAUCAGAGACCUUCUUGACGUGUCGAAGACGAACCUCGCCGUCCACGAAGACAAAAACAGAGUGCCCUAUGUCAAGGGCUGUACUGAGCGUUUUGUGUCCAGUCCGGAGGAGGUGAUGGAUGUCAUCGAUGAGGGCAAAGCCAAUCGGCACGUGGCAGUGACUAACAUGAACGAGCACAGCUCCCGCAGCCACAGCAUAUUCCUCAUCAACAUCAAGCAGGAAAACAUCGAGACGGAGAAGAAGCUGUCGGGGAAGCUCUAUCUGGUCGACCUGGCCGGGAGCGAGAAGGUGAGCAAGACGGGAGCUGAGGGCGCGGUGCUAGAUGAGGCGAAGAACAUCAACAAAUCUCUCUCUGCGCUGGGAAAUGUCAUCUCAGCUCUGGCUGAAGGCACCAAAACCCACGUGCCGUACCGAGACAGUAAGAUGACUCGGAUCCUGCAGGACUCUUUGGGAGGGAACUGCCGCACCACCAUCAUCAUCUGCUGCUCGCCGUCCGUCUACAACGAGGCCGAGACCAAGUCUACGCUCAUGUUUGGACAGAGAGCGAAGACCAUCAAGAACACGGUGUCCGUGAACCUGGAGCUGACGGCCGAGGAGUGGAAGAAGAAAUACGAGAAGGAGAAGGAGAAGAACAAGAGCCUGAAGAGCAUCGUCCAGAGGCUGGAGGCCGAGCUCAACCGCUGGAGGAACGGGGAGAACGUUCCCGAGGAGGAGCAGCAGAGCUCUAAAGAUCAGAAGAGCAGCGAGCCGUACGACAACACUCCCAUCAUCGACAACCUGCUGCCGGCUGUAGGAGGUGUCUCCGUCUCCAGCGACGAGAGGGGGAAGUACGAGGAGGACGUCAGGAACCUGUACAAACAACUAGAUGACAAGGACGAUGAAAUUAACCAGCACAGUCAGCUGGCUGAGAAACUCAAGGAGCAGAUGAUGGAUCAAGAGGAGCUGCUGGCAUCGACCAGACGUGACUACGAGAAGAUCCAGGAGGAGUUGUGCCGACUGCAGACGGAGAACGAGCUGGCCAAGGAGGAGGUGAAGGAGGUGCUUCAGGCCCUGGAGGAGCUGGCUGUCAACUACGACCAGAAGAGCCAAGAGGUGGAGGAGCGAGACCGAGCCAACGUACAGCUGACAGAGGAGCUGCAGCACAAGACGGCGCUGCUGUCGGUGCUUCAGAGGGAGCUGAGUCAGCUGCAGGAGCUCAACGGCCUGCAGAGGAAGCGAGCCGCUGAGGUCCUCAACCUGCUGCUGAGAGACCUCAGCGACAUCGGAGCCAUCAUCGGCACCAGUGAUGUCAAGACUGCUGCGUCCUCAGAGAUGAAGGGGAACGGCUCGGCGGUGGAGGAGGAGUUCACCGUCGCUCGCCUCUACAUCAGCAAGAUGAAGUCUGAGGUCAAAUCUCUGGUCAACCGUAGCAAGCAGCUGGAGAGCACUCAGGCCGACGCCCACCGCAAGAUCCAGGCCAAUGAGAAGGAGCUGGCAUCCUGUCAGCUGCUCGUCUCCCAGCAUCAGGCCAAGAUCAAGUCUCUGACCGACUACAUGCAGAACAUGGAGCAGAAGAAGAGGCAGCUGGAGGAGAGUCAGGACGCUCUGACCGAAGAGCUCGCCAAACUGCACGCUCAAGAGAAAAUGCACGAGGAAAAGGAGAAGGAGGACAUUGGCAGAGCGGACGGAGACGAUGACAUCAAGAAAACGCUGGAGGAGCAGCUGGAGAACCACAGGGAGGCUCAUCAGAGGCAGCUCAGCCGCCUGCGGGAUGAGAUCGAAGACAAACAGAGGAUGCUGGAUGAGCUCAGAGAUCUAAACCAGGGUCUGUUACUGGAGCAGGAGCAACUCAUGUCCGACUAUGACAAGCUGAAGGCCGAGGAGCAGGAGAAGGAUGCAAAGCUGCAGAAGCUCAUACUGCUGAAUGAACAAAGGGAUCAGGCUCGAGAGGACCUGAAGGGUCUGGAGGAGACUGUGGCCAAAGAGCUGCAAACUCUGCACAACCUGCGCAAACUCUUCAUUCAGGACCUCACUGCGCGGGUUAAGAAGAGUGCAGAGCUUGACUGUGAGGAGGGACUCAGCAACAUUGCACAGAAACAGAAGAUCUCAUUUUUGGAGAACAACUUGGAGCAGCUCACUAAGGUCCACAAACAGCUGGUCCGAGACAACGCAGACCUUCGCUGUGAGCUGCCCAAGCUGGAGAAGCGCCUGCGAGCCACAGCUGAGCGAGUCAAAGCGCUGGAGAACGCCUUAAAGGAGGCCAAGGAGAACGCCAUGAGGGACCGCAAGCGCUACCAGCAGGAGGUGGACCGCAUCAAAGAGGCCGUGCGGGCCAAGAACAUGGCCAGGAGGGGCUACUCUGCACAGAUCGCUAAGCCCAUCCGGCCAGGACAUCAUCCACUGCCCUCCCCCAUCUGCAGCUCCAUCAGAGCCGGAGGUGUCGACAUUCAUAAUGACUGAAACUACAACAGCAAGUAAUAUGACCAUAAACAACUCGACGCAUGCCCACCACCCCACCUGGAACCACAAGCACCGCCCCUCCUGUUGGAACACCAAUGGGAGACCUUCACAACAGACUGUCAUCGCUCAGAGAAGCACCAUCCAAACAUGCAUCGUGUAAAUACUGAUAUGAGACGUAAAUUUGCUGAAUGUAGAUCUCAGAGGCCUCAUUUAUAACAUGUUGUCUAAGUUUAGUUUUCUGAAUCUCCUGAUGGUAGCGGUAAGGUCGUUAUUAUGCAACAGAUUAAAGCUCAACAUUUAUGAGUGAGGCCCUGAGUCCGCUUCUGUGUUAGAAAUUAUGAAGUUCAAACUUUUAGGUUUGUGCAGCUUUACAGGAAAAGGCAAACACGUCGGUUUUUAGUUAAGUCUUAGACCAGCGUUCAUUCAUCAGUGGGGACAGUUUGACAGGAAACAACUUGCUUUUUUUCUUUUCUUGGGAGUCGUGAUGAGAGAAGUAACACCACUCAAGUGUGUUCGAUCACUAUGAAGCUACAGCCAGCAGCCCGUUAGCUUAGCUUAGCAAAUAGGUCUUUCUUUCCAGUUUGCAUCGCACUCCUCAUAGUUUAACAACCGCUUGGAGAGCAACUGGCAAGUGUUUGCAGACAAGUUGUUGUCUUCCAUGCAAACCGCGGCAGUCUACUAGCGACCAAAGCAAUUGCAGAGGUCUUUGGUCCAGCACCGUGUACCUCUUUGCGGCUAAUUUCACUUAGCGAUUGCGAGCGACCACUCGCCACCAGGUCAGGGAAUGCACAUUUUUCUCAGAUGUUUGCCAUCCGAUCGGCCUGUGUGACUCACUCUCCAGUGUCACAUGUCCAAAAUGUCACAAGGUUAGCGGUCACCUGAAGACAGCAAUUUAACAUGGAUACAUCCCUCUCCUGCUCUGCAGUCUAAAUAGCAACCAUUGAGGUUGAUAAGUGCUCUGGCUCUUCACAGAGAAUUUAACACGCAUAGGCAGCAAAGUAUGCCCCAACUCAUGUAACAUCAAUGCCUGAAGCCAAUUUCCACCGUUAGCUGGGUAACACUGACUGAGAGUGUCAUGCUACCUGCACGUUUUGGAAACAUUUACAACUUGUCAAGCCUCCGACCACAUGUAAUAGAGCUCAGCAGCGAGGUUCCUGAAUUAAAAAUCUCUUCCAAGUUCUCCAUAGGGAUUUUGAUUAUGAGCCAUAAAGUUGUAGUAGACUCCCUACAACAUUGUGAAAUUAUGGUAGGUGCUCACACAUCUGUGUGACAUCAACAAUGUUGUAACAAGUAUGCAUUUUAUUUGUGAUGUCGUGGAAAAGAACUACUCUUCCCACAAUCCUAGACUGAAACAGCAACAUCUCUGACUGGUGGAGGUCACUGUUACCUUGGAAAUGUUUAAACCUACAAACGUCAGAAUGCCCGAGCAGCGCUGUAACAUAUCAAUAACCGGUUAUACUUUACUACAAAUACACACACAAAACACAAACUACAGUAUUUAUUCAAAACUAUUGUUAUACAACACUAAAUUCAAGAAGGUUGGUAAUCGUUCGCUGGGAUUUGCAGUGCUUUAGAGGCUGAGCAGUUCCUUCACUGUUAAAAGUAAUUAUGUACAGAAAGUGGGUCAUCUACUAAUUGAAAGGUAGGUGGUUUGAUCUUCAGCUCCUCUAGUCUGCAUGCAUUAGUACCCUUGGGGAAAGAUACUGAACCCUGAGCUACCCUCGAUGCAUUCAUCACAGUGUGAGUGAAUUUUAGUUUGAAAACACUUAGGCAUAGUGAAUGAUUGUGGUCAGAAAGCACUUUGAGUGCUCAAAUAGAGUAGAAGAGUGCUAUUUAAGUAUCAGCACAGUAUUUUCACCUUUUUUAAAUUUCCCCGUAUUUAUUUUUAUCCAAAUCAAAUUUUUUUUAUGGUCUGAUUGGUUUGGUUCAAGAAUUUUCUGAAACAUUACUUGAAAAAAUGAAUGGGAACUUCUGAAACCAGAGAGCUUAAAAGAAAAAGAAAAAAAGGGCAGUUUUUCCAUUAAACCUAAGCUAACUAACUGCAGGAUGUAGCUUCAUGUUGACUCUUCCAGAGGUGAGUUGUAUCAAAGCAGGGCCGUUAAGUUUCUAACUUCAACAUUGAAGGUUAUAGCUGGAGCUGGGCUGGAAAUGAAGUUCAGUCAGAAACACUUGCAGCAGAAACAUGCUUCCACACAGUGUAUUUGAUUGCAUUUUUAUCUUGUACUUGUCUUCCAGGUAUUAUCAUUCUUGUGUGUUUACUUUUGUUUGGUUAUUACAGGUGACAAUCAAUAAAAGGUCUUUGAUUUGAUUUUAGAAAAUGUCCUCUGGGCUAAAUGCAUCUUUUGUUGUUUUACUGAAGAGGGAGCUUGUCUAAUUAAACUGUGCUACUGUAGCUUUUCAGGGACACUGACCAGCCAAUCAGUUGCUCCUAGCGCUACAAGCAUAGUUUAGAUCUCUAAUUCCCCCCAAACUAUUUCAGUGUCUGGAGUUUUCAGUGCCUGCACUCUUUCUGUAAAGUUCAUGAUCAUCCAGUCAGAGUCUUUAAAACCAGUCAAAGACAGAAGAAAGCAUUUUCCCUUCAGGCUAAAGUGAACAAAUUUGUCAGUCAAUUGGCGGAACGUUUUUCCCUUCGGCCACACUUUGUGCCUUUAGAAACAGUCAAAUCAUCAAA